AUGGGUAAAGAACUGAAUCAGAACAAUCUAUCCUUUUUGAACAGUAACAUACAAGAAAAGAAGGAGGAGGACGAAGAAAGUGCUUUAACGAAUUUUGAAUUCAAUCAACAGGAAGAAUUGAAUAGUAAUUUAAAUUUAUCAGAAUAUUGUAUUUCGAGUGACGCCGACACGGAGAAGAUGGAUAGUGAUCAGCAGGUCUCGAUACCAAAGUUAUCUGAGUUGAUUCAAGAUGCUGGCAAUGAGGAAGAAGAAAGUGAAAAAAUUUUGAAGAAGAGAAAGUUGGAAACUGAUGCCAUCGAUAAUGAACAAAAGGAGGAAAAAGAUCACGAAGAAGAAGAAGAAGGUGAAGGAGAAGAAACUAUUCAUGCACAUGAAGAUGGGGGUGAUGAAGGUGAAAAUGCAGAUGAUGAGGAUGAAGACGAUGAUGAGGCCAUUAAAGUAAAACAAGAUACUACAAAAGCAGACGAACAACCAUCUCUCAUAGAAACGAUUUCCCAAGAACAUGCAAUGGAGGAAGAAGAGGAACAGAAGGAAAGCGAAGAAGAAAGACCAAAAGAGGAAAAGGAGGAAUCGAAUAAAAAUAUUUUGGAUGUUGAAGAUGAAAAAAAUUUAAUAAGUGAGUCGACACCGGAAGAAGAAGAACUCAAGGAACAAGACGAGGAGGAAACUGCUAUUGAUUUUGAGAAUAAAAGACUUGAAGCUUUGAAUGACAUUACAGAUAUCGAGUACAAGUUUGCCGAAUUGAGACAGAAAUUGUACGACAAUAAAUUGUUAAAAUUAGAAACGGAAUUGCAAAUGUGUCUUGAAGGUACACACCCUGAAUUACAGAAAUAUUAUUCUAAAAUAGCGUCUAUUCGUGAUAACAAGUUACGCAAAGCGUAUCAAAGACAAAAAUAUGAAUUAAGCUGUAUAGACAAGGAGACGAAAGCUUCAAGGAUUUUCAUCCAUCAAAAUUUCUACAAAAACGUGAAUGAUCUGAAAAAUCAUCUAUUAAAUGAAACAACACAGGAAUGGUACGAUAUUAACAAGGAAAGAAGAGAUAUAGAUGUGAUUGUUCCUGAUAUUAAUUAUCAUGUACCAAUAAAGACAUCAAAGAAGACAUUGAGUUGCAUAACAGGGUACGCAGGGGCCGCACAGGCAAGAUUACCUGGCGAGCCAAUAUCUGAAGAUUUGGAAGUGGAGAACAUCAAGUUCAGAUAUAAAAAUAAUCCAGUAGACAAAUUAGAAGUCAUUGUGGAUAGAAUGAGAUUGAACAACCACCUAAGUGACUUAGAAGGCUUGAAAAGAUACUACAGUGCCUUCCCUGGGGCACCAAAUUUGAGCAGUCUAAGAGACAGUGAGAUCAAUGACGAUUUCCAAGAAUUAGCAAACCUGACUCAUUAA